UUGACAACACCAAUUCAGUUGCAAGAAUUUUUUUACAUCGCUUGGUUUGCGCGGCGGUUGUUUCGGUCUCUACGAGUAGUUUGGACAUAGUAAAUAUGAUGUGCAGUAUGAAAAUCGAAAUUAUUAAAUAAAUUGCUAAUAAGCUAAUAAAAGCAAUCACAAAAUCCAAUAGGCAAUAACAACAACUGUGCUAUGUGCUAAAUGGUAGAGCGUACGCGGGUGAAAAGUGAAACUUUUUGUUUAAUAUAAGGCAUCUUUUGUUACAUAUCAAAUUGUAAAAGUUUUCUACGCUGUGUGCGUGCUUAGCUAAAGAAUCAUUUAUUGUGUGGCGGGGCGGGGCGGUGUCAGUCCUGGCUAAACAAAUACAAAACUGGCUCAAAACGACAAGCUAACGUUCUUCCUGAAGAACAUGGACGACGAGGAGGAGGAAGUGACGGACCUGAAGCUGCAACUGUUUCACAAUACAGUACGGGAGCACAUUAUUUUUCUGCUGUUAAUUAUUUUGCUCUACUUCAGUUCCUAUGUGGUCGUCUCGCGUUUUCGUCGUCGAGAUCGCGACGAUCUCUACUCAAAUGACGAGGACGAGGUGCUAGUAUAUCGCAUAAGCUUUUGGCUCUGCACCUUCACAUUGGCCGUGGCCGAGGGAGCAGCUAUGUUGCUGCCAGUAUCAAUAGCCAGCAAUGAGGUGCUGUUGCUCUAUCCAAACAGUUACUAUGUCAAGUGGUUGAACAGCUCUCUAAUUCAAGGACUGUGGAAUCAUGUUUUUCUCUUCUCCAAUUUGUCGCUUUUCAUCUUUUUGCCCUUUGUCUAUCUAUUCUCCGAAUCGACGGGAUUUGUGGGUCACAAAAAGGGCAUCCUGGCCCGAGUCUAUGAAACCUUUACAGUAUUUAUGUUGAUGGCCAUCAUUGUCUUAGUUCUGACUGCAGUUCUCAGCGCAGUGUUUGGCAUUGAAAAGUUUCAAUUCUUCUGGUUUCUAAAUUUGGGCAGCGUUCACCUGCCGUUCCUUUAUUCGUGUGUCUCUUUUCUGGGCGUAAUGCUAAUGCUGAUUUGUACGCCCUAUGGAUUUGUGCGUCUGUUUGGGGUUGUCAACCAGGUGCUGGUGAGGCCCAUGCUGCUGCGAGACGUGAACGAGGAGUUCAGCGCCUUCUACAUGGAAGAAGCGAGCGUCAAACGCAAGCUGGCCCACAUUGAGCUACACAAUGUGAGCAUCUCGGAGGCCACCAACGGCAAUGGACGCACGCUCAAUGGCAAUAGACGUAGCUAUCUAACACAGCCAUUUCUGCAACACUCGCUGGCCCAUCUGUAUCAGCGAAAACCGCUUGCCGGAAAUGUGGAUGAGCAGCAGCAACUGCUCAAUGAUAGACUGAGAGAGCUGUACAGUGAGCGCAAGGAGCUGGACAAAAUGCGCAAAUCGAGCACCUUUCAGCGCACCUUUGUCUAUCCACUCGCCAUGCUUUUAUUGCUAUUCUGCACAGCCGUUACCAUACUCCUUGUCGUCCAGAACACGCUGGAGCUGCUGAUUGGCAUCAAGGCGCUGCCGCUAAGCACAAGACAAUUUACUCUGGGGAUUUCAUCGCUGUCCAAGCUGGGCCCCGUUGGAGCUGGAAUGGAGGUGUGCCUUAUCUUCUAUCUAGGCGCCACCUCCGUUGUGGGCUUCUAUAGCAUGCCCUUUAUGAGUAAUGUGCGUCCCAAAUGGAGACAGACGUCUUUGCCACAGCUGAUGUUAAACUGUGGCUUCAUGCUAGUCUUGUCCUCGGCAUUGCCGCUGUUAAGCAGAAUUAUAGGCAUUACCAACUUUGAUCUGCUGGGUGACUUUGGCGCCAUCGAGUGGCUUGGCAAUUUUCAGAUUGUCCUGCUCUAUAAUCUGGUAUUUGGCACAACGACUGCACUGUGUCUGGUCAACAAGUUUACGGCGCCAGUGCGGCGUGAGCUGCGUGCACGGUUAGUGGAGAACUAUGUGCUCUUUACUAACUACAUGAGCUUCAUCAACUGAUAUUUAAGGGAGCGACGCGAUAAAUAUAUACCAUGUCAGCGUCAACGUCAGCGUUACGCUUACCAGCUACUGAAACGUUUUGUCGAGUCGCCCCGCUUUAGUCUAACUAGUUUCUAUGCCAAGUACUACAAUCUUAGUCGUAAGAGCAGUCGCAAUACCACCGCUAGUCGCCAGGCAAACACGAAGGACUGUUGAGAAAGAUGAAAUGAAUAUACAUUAUACAGAACUGAUACUGUUACUGAUACUAAUACUAAUACUAAUAUUAAUAUUGAUAUUCAUACUGAUACUUACCCUGAUAUUUAAAUGUUGCGCUGUUAAUUGUUGUGCCAAAAUGUUGUAGUUUAUAGUGCCCAUAAGUGUCAUUGUCUUAUAUAUACAUAUAUGUCUUCAUAUAUAGUACAUAUGUGAAUGGAAACCGUUACGGUUGCGUUCUUGUGUGACUUAUCAGAUCUAUUUGGAGUACUAACAUUAUGUGCAACAUUAACUGCUGUCAACAGUCGGUAGGAUAAAUUUUAGGUGUAUAUUAGAAUUUCUUUUAGUCUGAGUCAAUCAAUUUAAAGUCAUUUACGUUAUGUCGAUAAUCUAUUUCGUAGACACGUACACUUUUAUAUAUAUUUGUAUUUAUUUAAAUCAAUUAUUUUAAAGCAUGCGUUUCAUUGUCAUUCUUAAUCAUAUACUAAUUAUUUAUUUAUAUACAUAUAUUUACUUUUACACACAUAUUUCAACCAUGUUCCUUAAGUGGCAUUCGCAAACGAACGCUUCGGCGCAUCUCAUCAUUUAUUUACAUGCUGAAAUCAAUAGCACGACAUCUAUAAAAAAAUUAUGUGAUAAAAUAUAAACAAAUGUUUUAAGAAAAAUAA